AUGAUAGGCCCCCCCUUUUUCCCGCUUCCCCCCAUCCCCAAGGCCCUGACCGGAGUCGGAUCGAGAGAAAGAAGAGGGCACGCGACGAUUUCCGACUGCUUCCUACUCACUGACUCCUGCCCACCAUGGCAGACAAGAAGGGUAACGACAUCGACGCCAAAGCCCAGGCCGCGGGCGUUGAGGAGGCCAAGAUGCCCACGAACGACGGGAUGCCCGAGAUCCUCCGCUCGUACAGCUCGGCCGAGUUGCAGGCGAUGGAGAAGUCCCUCGUCCGCAAGGUCGACCUGCGGAGCCUGCCGGUCCUCAUUGUCCUGUUCAUCCUCAACAUCCUCGACCGGAACGCCAUCGCCAACGCGCGUCUCGGCGGCCUUGAGAAGACGCUGGCCAUCGGCGAUGUCCAGUACCAGACCGCGAUUAUGGUGCUCUGGGCUGGUUACAUCUCCAUGAUGAUUCCGUCGAACAUGCUGCUGUCCAUCUUCAAGCCGAGGAUCUAUCUCCCGACAGUCGUGAUCGUCUGGGGCGUGGUAUCCGGGGCGUCGGGGUUCGUGCAGAACUUCGCCGGCCUUGUGGUUGUUCGUUUUUUGGUCGGCGUUGUCGAAGCCCCGUACUUCCCCGGGUGCAUUUUCCUCCUGUCGUCCUGGUACACCAAGACCGAGCUACCCUCGAGGAUUGCCAUCUUCUACUCUGGCUACACCCUCUCCUCAGCCUUCGGCGGUCUAAUCGCCGCUGGUAUCAUCGGCGGCAUGGACGGGGCCGGCGGAUAUCCUGCGUGGCGAUGGGUAUUCAUCAUCGAAGGAGCAAUUACGAUAGUGGCUGCGUUUGCAGGUUACCUACUCCUGCCUAAUUACCCUGAAAAUACACCCUGGCUCAACGAGACCGAGAGCGCCCUAGCCCAAUAUCGUCUCUCACGCGAAGUCGACGGCGAGGUAGACGAGGUCACCGAAUCCGUUCUCGUCGGACUCAAGCAAUGUCUCUCCGACCCGAAGGCGUGGCUUCUGGUUCUCAUCCUCAGCGGCGCCGUCGUUAGCAUGAGCUUCACUUACUUCUUCCCGUCCAUCGUCCAGACGCUCGGCUAUCCCGACGUCGAGACCUUGCUGCUUACCGCCCCCCCGUACUUCUUCGCCUGUAUCUUUUCCAUCACCAACUCCUGGCACAGCGGCAGGACGCAGGAGCGCUGCUUCCACAUCGUCGCCGGCUGCAUCCUCUCCGUCGUCGGGCAGAUCCUCUCCAUGUCCACCUACAACACCGGUGCCCGGUAUUUCGCCAUGUUUCUGCAAGCCGCCGGGUCCUUCUCCGUGUUCCAGAUCAUUCUGUCGUGGAUCUCGACCACGAUCCCGCGGCCUAAGGCAAAGCGCGCCGUGGCGCUCGCCUUGUGCACGGCCAUUAGCAAUGCCACUAAUAUGAGCACCGCCUACCUCUACCCCAGAUCGGACGCGCCGCUCUACCGGAUGGGCUGCAUCGUGAUCGCCGUCGCGCUGGUCGUCUGCGCGGCCUCAUCGCUGACGCUCCGCUUCUGGCUGCGCAAGGAGAACAAGAAGUUAGACCGCGACGAGGACGGCGAGCUGCGCAGCUUCCGCUACGUGCUGUGACGCGUCCGAGCGAAGAGCUGGAGAGAAGCAGAGUCCGGAGAUGGCAUGGAUG